AUGGCCAUGCCCAUGGCAUCUCCGGCCUCUGUCAUCGGAACUUCGCUCCUGUUCUUCUCGGGAGCUCUCAUCAUGCGAGGUGCAGGCUGCAGCAUCAACGAUCUGUGGGACCGCAACCUCGAUCCGCACGUCACGAGAACGAAAUUCCGACCCAUCGCGCGAGGCGCCAUCACUCCCUUUCAGGGUCUCGCUUUCACCGGCGCCCAGCUCCUGGCUGGACUGGGCAUCUUGGUCCAAUUCCCCACGUCCUGCCUCUGGUACGGCAUUCCUAGUCUGCUCUUUGUGGCCUCCUACCCCUUGGCGAAGCGGGUUACCUACUACCCCCAGGCCGUACUGGGCCUCACCUUUUCUUGGGGUGCGAUGAUGGGCUUUCCAGCUCUCGGAAUCGACCUGUUGUCCAACAGCGCGGCGUUGACGGCUGCCGGGCUUCUGUACACAUCAAACAUCGCCUGGACGAUUCUGUACGAUAUGAUAUACGCCCACAUGGAUAUUAAGGAUGAUGUCAAGGCGGGCAUCAAGAGUAUCGCCCUCAAGCAUGAUGCUGAGACCAAGCAGGUCUUGACGGGUCUUGCUGCGGUUCAGCUGAGUCUUUUGGGUGCUGCUGGGUUCGCAGCUGGUGCGGGUCCAGCCUUCUUCAUCGGCAGCGUCGGUGGAGCGGCAGUGACACUCGGUGUCAUGAUCAAGCGGGUCAACCUGAAGAGCGUCAAGGACUGCUGGUGGUGGUUCAUUAACGGUUGCUGGAUCACUGGUGGCGUCAUCAGCCUAGGUCUCGCGGCCGAUUAUACUGUAAGAUAUGUUCAAGGCGGAAACGAGGAUGCUGCCAGUCAGAAGCAGCUGGAGUAG